CACCCCAUGGGUGGUGGUGGCGGUCACCCCACGGUUAGGGGUCACCCCAUGGGUGGUGGUCCUACAGGCGGUGGUCCUAUGGGUGUUGUUCCCCCUACGGCUGUUUCCUGUCUUCCCCUUGUAGGUUUCUACAACCCAACACCCAUCACCCCCUCCAACUGUUCCCCCUAUGGGUGUUGCUCCCCCUAUGGGUGUUGUUCCCCCUACAGCUGUUUCCUGUCCUCCCCUUUGUAGAUUCCUACAACCCAACACCCAUCACCCCCUCCAACUGUUCCCCCUACGGCUGUUUCCUGUCCUCCCCCUUGUAGAUUUCUACAACCCCCGCCGUGACGCCCAACCCUCGCACCGCUCCGACUGUCCCUGCUGUCACCCGCCGGCGUGUGUUGGGGUGGCGGGGGAGAAGGAAGAGGGCGAAGAACGCAAAGAGGAAGAGGAUGGUGGGAGGAAGGAGGAAGAUGGGAGGCCCGAGGAGGCGGAGGGUGGCGAGGAGGAUGAUGGAGGCCGUAAUGAGGAUGAAGAAGCCAAGGAGGAGGAUGGAGGACCCGAGGAAGAGGAGGAGUGCGGUGGGGAGGAGGAAGAGGAGGAGUGCGGUGGGGAGGAGGAAGAGGAGGAGUGCGGUGGGGAGGAAGGCGGUGGCCUCGAGGAGGAAGAUGGAGGUGACGAUGGAGGCGCUGAGGAAGAGGGUGGAGGUGACACUGAGUAGGAAUGGGGCGGAGUCAAGGGAGGAAGAGGAUGAAGAACCCAGAGAGGAAGAAGAUGGUGAGGAGGAAGAGGAUGGAGGGCCUUAGGGA